UAACACUGUACUUUUUGAUUUUCAGUUUAGGACUUUGACAGUAGAAAUUUGCAGCACUUAAAAAGAUGGAUGCCAUUAAGAAAUUUUUUGAGAAGAAGAAAGCAGAUGCUAAAUUCAAGGUUUCUGGACAAGGACACAGUCUUUCUGGUGAUGGUCAGCAGCGACACCAUACUCCUAAGUCAACCCACAGUGUGCCCCAGCAGCGUCACUUACCCACCUACGAUGCUCAGCGUGCUGGGGCAGCAGCUCUGGCCAGGCUUGAACAACAGUCAAAGAAGACAGACGUUAACUGGUCUCUUCAUGCCAUAAAGGCUCAGGCACGACGUGAAUUAGAAGCUGAGCAGAAAGCCUUUGAAGAAAUGACUUUGGAUGGGCAAAAUGAGCCAGCAAUCCCUAAAGAAGUGAACUUAGAUGCUGCCCCAAUGCUGGCUGUUCAAGGUGUCUUCUUUAAUUGUCCCCUUCUUGGGCCUGAACUGGCAACGUAUGAUGAAAUCAAGAGACAGAUUCGUGAAUUCCUUUAUGCUCAGGUAGAGGAAGACAAAGGCAUAUCUUCCUGCCUCAUUAUCCACACAUGCAACAAAAACAAAGAAAAGGUCAGUGUAUGUGUUGAGACUUUGUGUAAGUAUAUUGAAAACAUUGUGUCAAAUCCCACUGAAGAUAAGUUUCUAAAGAUAAGAAUGUCUAACAAGGCCUACCAGGAAAGAAUUCUUCCUAUAGAAGGUACAAAAGAGUUCUUAGAAGCUGCUGGAUUUGUUGAGUGUGAACUUCCAUUUAAUGAUGCUACAGAUAAGUUCUGGGUAUUUCCUAAAGAAAAACUUAGUGAUCUAACUCCUCUGGAGCAAUUACGAGAUGCUUUAGUUAGUGCUGAGCCUGUACGACCUCAGCUAGAUCGUAAUCUCAACAUUCUUCUCCCUGCUGAAGCAGCAAAACAUGUCGAUUUGCCAGCUGAAUUCUUUAACUUGAGCGCUGAUGAGCUGCGGCGUGAGAUGCAAAACAGGAAAGGCUGGUUUGAGAGAUUUAAGAAGCAUAGUGACAUACACGGUGUGGUAAGGCGUGGCAAGACUGCAAGUGCUGACAAAAAAGCGGCUGAAAAGUAUGUUCAGGAGUUCAAGAGAGAGAGGGUUAGUUUAGAGAGAGUAUUUUUAAAUACUUUACUCCUCAGGGUGCGAUUCCCAGAUGGGCUUAUUCUACAAGGAACCUUUGGAGUCCAUGAGAAAUUUGAAGAAGUGAUAAACUUCAUCAGGGAAAAUCUUGUCAAUGACUGGCGACCAUUCUUCCUUUCUCUUAGUGGCGGUGGAAAGGUGACAGAGAGUGAGCAGAGUCUGGUAGAGUUACGACUAGUUCCUGCAGUGGUGCUAAACUUCAAGUGGGAUCCCAGUAUAGAAGAUCCCAACCUUGAUGAUACAGUUUACCUCAAGCCAGAGACAUUGAUGCUCUUACAGAGUAAAUAGUGAUGAACACUUAUGGACUAAUCCUGACUAAUAAAUAUGGGUCUUUCUCUGUAUAUUUAUAUUUAUUGUACUUACAUGUAUAUGUUGGAAAGAGUGAACAACUUUUUGGUAAUAUGGUGUUUACAUCUAGUGAUAUUACAUGUAAAUUAUGCAUAAAGCAUCAGUGUUGACAGUAGAAUUUUUCUUUUAGCUUUGGUUUUAAAAUGGAGGGGAUUUCAUCAACCUAAAUAUUUCUUCUUUCAACAAACCGGCCAUAUCCCACUGAGGCAGGGUGGCCCAAAAAGAAAAACAAAAGUUUCUCUUUUUAAGUUUAGUAACUUAAACAGGAGAAAGGGUUACUAGCCCUUUGCUUCCAGCACUUUAGUCCUCUUACAACAUGCAUGGCUUACGGAGGAAGAAUUGUGUUCCACUGCCCCAUCUUAUUCUCUGUAUAUAUCUGCUCUUCCUUAUUUAAUUAAUUUAGUUUUUUAUUCCAAUCAGUAUUGCAAUACGAGACAUUUUAUCUGUUCUUACAAUAUUUAUGCUUCAUAUAAAGUUAACUUUCAAAUCAAAUUCUUAGUCACUUUAGAUAAAUUCAUAAAUAGAAGUCUAUGAUUGCCUCAUUGACAAAAUUUGAAAAUUAUAAACAGUGUAUAAUUUUCUUUUUUGGCAUUUUUUUUCCUGGUUUUCCUUGAGGCGAUGAUUUUUUUUUCCUGAAUUUUUUUUAGCAGUCUUGGUUUUUGAUAGCUUAUAUAUUAUUGUCUAUGGAAAACACUCAGUGUUUUAUUCGUGCCUUAGUAUUGCUAUUACCUCUUCAUCAUUUAUGACACAUACCCAUAUCAACAAAACUUACCAAAUAUUUUAUGUUGAGUAUUAGAAUUCAUUUUAAAUUUGUUUUUGAUACGUGUCUAAAUGAAUCUGAUUUUUUCUGAGAUUUUAUUGAUCCUAAAGUAAUUGUUCUGUAGUGUUUUUGAGUUUAGUUUAUUAUAAAGCAUACAUAAGAGAGACAUGGUUAUGUAUUGUCAUAGCUAUGUAUCUGUAAUUUGCUCAUUUCCCUAAAACUGCUGUCACUUUGGCCAUAAUUUUUCCCACAAUAUAUUGCCAUAGAGCAAUCUUAGUCACAGUGAAUCUCAUGUGUGUGUUACAAAAACAUUCCUCUGUAUAUGAAAAAUUGACUGUCAUACUAGAUAAUUAAUUCACAGUGACACUUCAUUAUAUUUAAUGUAUUUAUAUAAUAUAAUAAAUAUAUUAGCCCCUUGUUAAUGGUUCUAAUGCUUAAAUUAGUAUAUUAUAUUUUUUCAUUAUGAACAAUGCAUGUAAAUAUUAUAUCCAUAUACACUAUUCACAUGUAUUGUAAAAUUAAACUUCAGGUUUGAUUAACUUGAAAUUAGAGACAGAGUAUCAUGAUACAAGGUGUCCUAGAUUUGGAGCAAAAAAUUAACUACAGUAGCACAUUGCAUAUACUAGCAAGUUUUGUUUGCAGCACCCACUUUACUGUUGAUUGACUGCAAGAUGCUACUGUUGAUUUUGAAGUGGUUCACUCACCUGUAACAACAAAUGACACCUGUGUGAUUUAGCAUCUUAGCUAAGACAAAUUUUGUUGCCAUAAAAUAGGCACAGACACUUUAGUGUUUCCUAAAUGAGCAGACAAACUGUGUAAUCUGAGCUGCUUUCACAUUAGGACAAGCUGCUGCUUUUGUUCUCUGCCUUGCCAGAAAACAAUGACGUGUGUAACUGGUUUAAGGUUUUUGCUUACAUAAGGGCUUAAAGGAUAGUUAAACUUAGCAGACAGAAUUGAGCCUCUACCAUUCUUUGGUAAGUGACCAGUGUUCCCUUUACAUGCAUACUCUAUCCUUAAAGUCAGUUCUAUGAUACUGUGACUAUUUUCCUUGAGUCGGCCAUCUUGACACCUCAUGGCAUUGUCUUCUGAAAAGUUAGCUGUUCGGGGUUGUCAGCGUUUGCCACUAUAAUGGUUAAGCUCACAAUUACCAGGCAGUAGAUCAAGCUGCCAACAAUCCAUGUGUUGAAUGACCCUUAUAGGGCUAGGCUCACUAUAUGCAAAAAGUAGAUCAAGCAUCUAUCACCCCUUGUGCUGCUUGACCCAUUACAGUUUAAUGCUUUACACAAAACUUAGAAAUUUCAUGAUGACUAACCAUGUUGACACUGGAAUCUUUCCAGUGAUAUUAGUCUUACUUAUUUGUGUUUGAUGUUUAUACCUGGCCAGUCAUCCUGAUAUCUACAAUUGGUCUCGACUUCACCUAUAACUAAUGAACAUUCCUGCAGUUGUCAUUUGCAUUGUUACAUUAAAAUCUUGAUACUUUGUGCUUAUAAUUCCAUGUAAGAUAUAGCCACCUGAUACUGGAAACAAUUUUGCAUUGAAUCCAUAUUGACUAUGUUAAAAGACAUGCAACAUGCUGAGGCAAACUCUGGCAGUUUUGUAAAUGAAUAUUGUUGGAAAGCAAAUGCAUUGUAUUAUAUUGCUGAACAAAAUAGUCAACCAUUAUAACUAAUAUCAACAUAA